AUGACUCCCCCUCCUGCCACUGCUAUCAUGUUCAUCACCGUCCUUAUAUAUUGCUGUACUGCCCUCUCUGUGGCGCAGAUUGACUCCUUCUACACGGCCUCGCCUGACUUCCAGAUUAUCCUCGGCUCGAACCCGAAAGUGACCCUCCUUGCUGAAUCCGAGCAGCCAUUGUUCCAUGAGGGUGGCGUCUACUACCCGCCGACCAGGUCCCUUUUCGUCACAUCUGACGUUGUGCCCGAUCCAUCAACCGCGAACGGUACCAUGCAGAUCAUCUCACACGUCACAGGCAACCUCACGACUGCUGCCACCGUGCAAGUGACACAACUGAACGCCACAAGCCAUGCCAUCCCCUUCCCACUGGGCGGCUACCGGUACCUCGCAGCAUCGAAUGUCCUUGUCUGGGCCGGGCAAGGCUCUCCCACACAACCGGGGGGGUUAUGGUUCCUGAAUCCCGAGCCUCCGUACAACGCAAGCCGGAUCCUCUCCAGCUACGGUGUGUACGAGUACAACUCGCCCAACGACGUUGCAGUCACCCCGUCCGGCGAGAUCUACUUCACCGACCCGAUCUACGGAUCCGAGUACGGCUUUCGGCCGGCGCCCCAGCUCCCAAACCAGGUGUACCGGUACAAUCCGGCAAGUGGGACCGUCAGAGCCGUAGCAGAUGGGUAUAUUCGACCCAACGGGAUCGGCAUCAACCAGGACGGAAGCAUAGUCUAUAUCAUCGACACGGGUGCUCAGCCUGGUGAUGGGACCAUCGACGCCACUGGUCCGCGAACGAUCUACGCUCUCGAUGUGCAGGGCCGAACCAAGAAUGGAACGGGCGGAUUUCUGGGCAAUAGACGUCUGUUCUCGCUGCCCAGUUUCGGUGGAGCGAAAGGCGUCAAGACGGACACUCUGGGCAAUGUCUACGUCGGCCUUGACGAUGGUGUGUCUGCGUUUGACGACGGCGGCAACCUGCUGGGCAAGAUUCUGAUCGACGACGUCGCUAAUAUCGGGUUUGGCGAGCCGGGCGUGCUGUUCGCAAUGGGACAGACGAAACUGUGGAGGAUAGAUCUAUCCGGUGCGAUAGUCGGAUCGUCCUUCUCGAUCUGA